AUGGACGAUGAUAAGGAACAAGAUAAUGAAUCAAAUUCUGUUAAGGAUGAUGUUAAGACGGACGACAAUCCAAAAAAGAAUAUGGUUGAAAUAAUAAACGGCAUGAAAACCGAAUUAAUCUUCGAAUACUGCUGUGGCAUCUACAGAUACCAACUCGUUGAUGGAGAGUUACAUCGAGCAAAUUGGAAGAGGAAAGCGCUAGGAACUUUAAUCAUUUUAAUCUAUACUAUUGUAUUUUUCUGGUUUCUCUUCAUGGAUCCCGACGACGAUGAUGGACAUUUCUUUAUGAGCACCAUCGACGAACUUCCGUCUGUUGUAGUGCUCUUUCAAUACGUUUCUUCAGUGAUCGCCAACAAUUUUAUUUUUAACUCAAAGAGUAUUCGUGUGAUUACCUUGCUUGCAGAAGUUGAUACGAUGCUGCAAGUGGAGAAGUUUGCAGAUUUCUAUAGGAAAAUCAGUUUUCGUCUCAAUAAAGUGGUAAUAUUCUUGAUUAUAUCACAUAUUGUUAAUACUGCAAUGGAUUUCUGUAGUGUGCAAGACGUCGCCUGGGGAAUUACCGUUUUACCUCUUUACUUCAUUCAAAGAGUCGAAAUCUUCAUUUUCUGUGGAGCCGUGUACAUGCUUAAAUGCAGAGUGAAGAUCAUCAACAAUUAUUUGAAAGAAUUCAUACAAAAACAAGAUAAGAAGAGCGUUACAGUUUUCACGGUAGGAAAAUCUAAACCGAAACCCGACACAACACUAAAUUACAUCGGUCGUCCUUCAAUAAGGAAUGCAAAAAUAAGAGAUUUGGCUACAGCCUACGAUAACAUUGGAGAAAUAUGUUCUAUGAUAACAGACGUUUACAACUUUCAAGUAUUCUUGACUCUUGUAUCUACAUUCUCCUACAUUGUCAUAACUAUAUGGACGUCGCUAAACUUCUACCGCAAACGUGAUUAUUGUAUAAGGCAAUUAAUAAACGUUAUGAUUUGGUGUUUUAAUAUGAUCUUCAAUGUGGCAGCUAUGUCGUUUACUUGCGAGAGAUUGCUUGUCGCUCGUACUGAGACUAGAACAUUGGUGAACAAGGUAAUAAUGAACUAUGAUCUGCCGAAGACGAUGAGAGUGCAAGCUAAAGCAUUUAUGGAACUCGUGGAGGCCUGGCCGUUGCGUAUCUAUGUAUACGAUAUGUUCUCCAUAGAUAUUACGCUGAUGUUGAAGUUUAUAAGCGUUGCAACGACUUAUUUAAUUGUUAUCAUUCAAAUAUCUCAUUUCCUCUAA